UCUUUGACGCAACGCGCACAUUCAUUUCGAAUCGCGCUUUACCUCGAACGCGUGCUACGAACGCCAAACGCGCCACUCACAGCAGCUUUGGUUGAUUGAGUCGGUCUGAUUUAGAUUUGCUGGUAUACCUUAAAAAAAAAAGUUUGAAAUUCAAUUGGUGUGUGUCGGAAACAUAUAAAAUUUUUCAAAUUACUGCCAAAAUUAUUGAUUUACCAUCAUUUGGUGUACAGUGGCAAAGAGUUACUUAGCAGUAGUGAAGUCGGUAUAGUGACCAACGAGCGAAAAAUCAGUCUUUCUUUCGAAAUUUAAAAAAGUGUAAACAGUUGGUAUUUUUAGCUCGGUAAAAGGCGAUAAAUUACAUUGAAAUUCACAUUAAAAUGCAAUCAAAAAUCCUAGCCAGCGUCAUGGUGCUCCUCUUGGCCGUACAGCAGGGUGCGGCCAUCAAAUGUUACGUAUGCAAUAGUCAUAAGGAUGCCAAUUGUGCACUGGACAUACCACCAGAUGAUUUACUCAAGGACUGCCAGGAGGAUUACUCAACACGCGGCAAAGGCAUACCGACCUACUGUCGCAAGAUCUCGCAAAUCAUUGAAUUCUCUGUAAACAAUCUGCCCCCAGACAGCCGUGUCAUACGUUCGUGUGGCUUUCUGAAUCAGACAUCGACCAAUUACUGCUACCAACGCGCCGGCUUCGGUGGGCGUCAAGUAGUUUGCUCUUGUGACAAGGAUAAUUGCAACGGUGCUGGCGCGCUCAGCCUGCCCGUGGGUGUGAUGUUGACUGCUGCUGCUAGCGGUUGGGCAGUGCUCUCCUACGUAAAACGUUCACUGGUUUAAUUGCCACUUUAUUUUGAGCUAAUUUUUGCAAAAAUUCACUAAAUAAGUUAUCUUGUUUUUCGUUUGUGUAUAUUUUUCUCUAAGAAAAAAAUAUGCUACCUUGUUGUUGUUGUUUUUUUCACACGCAUACUUGAGUAAAAAUUAAAUACAUACAUACAUGCAAAGAAUUGAUAUGCUUGCGCUGUAUAAUUCCUCCACAAGAAAUCUAAAUAUUCUUUAUUUACAUAUACAAAUACACAAAUAUAUGUACAUAUAUACAAGUACAGUAUUGUUCAAUGCAAAUUUCUUUUUUACAAGUGCAUACAUAAUAAUUGCUUAACUGUUAUAUUUUGUUGUAAGUAAUAUGCAUUCAAAGACAAACGCACAUACAUACAUAACUGCAGCAAAAGGGGAAAAAACGGAGGAGUUGGCGUCAAAUAGAAUUUAGUAAAACAAAAACCUCAUCUGAUGAAGUUGGUUUUAAAAUAAACGCGCCCAGUUCCAUCGAUGGAAGUAUACAAUUUAAGCAUCUUCUAGGAAAUAAACGAAAUAACAAUAAUUGUUGUAGAAAAUAUAAAAAAUUGAAAUAAUAAAAUUCAGUAGCAGUUCAGAUUUUGCACAGUUAGUAAGCCAAUAAAACAUUAAAAAAAUGUAUAAGUCGUUGAAUAAGAAAGCUUUAAUGUAGCAAAUUUUAUUAUACACAUUUUUGUAAAACAACAAAAUACUCAUCGAUUGCAAAACACCUACCCGGCGCAAAGCUUGUUCCCAUAAAUAACCUGUAAUUGAGUAUUUAAAUUUUUUAAUUUUUCCUGCAACUUACCCAAAUUUAUGUUAUUUACAAAAAAAAACAAGCACUGUUGAAUAACGAUUUUGUUUUAUAUACGAUAGAAAAAUAUACAUACAUAAAUACGAAAAAGAAAAAAUUUUAACAAACC